UUCCUUCGCCCGACACAGUAGAUCCCACUCCCAUUCCUUCGCCCGACACAGUAGAUCCCACUCCCAUUCCCUCGCCCGACACAGUAGAUCACAAUAUAGUGAGGGUGGGGAGGUUGCAUCUUACAACCUUAUCUACUAAUUCGCCUGUUCAAAACAAUCGCUGACCAAACACAUGCAGUUUAAGGAAGGUUUUGAGAGAGAGAGAGAGAGAGAGAGAAUUAAUUUAUGAACGAGUUUAAAACGAAUUUGCGACAUUGAUUCGCAAAUAUUGGGCCCCAAUACAACAAAAUGAAUGGUCAUAUUCACGAUUUAUAGCCAACAGAAUCGUGAUCAGAUUUACUUUUUAAAAGAAUAAAUCUACGUUAUGAUAGUGACCGCGGAUUGAUCGCGGGCGCUGCUUCGCCCAGAUAAAUUUAAGAAAGCAGUAACCUGCAGCCGCGUGUGGACAGCGAAGUUGCGCGGUUCAGUCACGUUUCGGAGAAAGUGAAAACGUCUCAGAAUUCUUUUAGGGAAUUGCUCCCAAUUUAUGAGCAUUAGAAUGAAUCAUUAGUGAAGCGAUGGUUCAUGACGUCAUGAAAAUUUUAUUUCCCGGAUAAUUGAAGACAUUAGGAAUUUCGUCAUAAUGAUGUUUUCGAAUUACCUCUCUAGAAUUGAAUUGUUCCGUUCGACUUCUUUGUUGUUUUUCUGUUGAAAGUUUUUGUUCGAGUGAAACGUUUAGAAAAAACGACCCAUGUACAAGGACUAUCACGACGACUAUGAUAAUCACAGUUCUGAGGAAGAACUCUUUCGUGCGAGAAGUGCCGAAGCCAUACGAACAGAUAACGAUAGAUUACGAAGAGGUCGCGAUGAUUCAAUAGAAUCUUUAGUUUUCCGAGAACGUUAUGAUAAUUUGCCAGGACCAAGAAGUCGAACACAUGAUCGGCGCGAUGAUUACAUUCAGCAACUGCACGAAGCUUUAGACAGACAAGAGCAAGAAAUUAAAGACCUUGACAGUAAAUUACAAGACUUACGAGGAGAGGUCCGGGAAUGCUUCUCAAGCUUGGAACAGAAGCUGUCAUGCUUCGAAGAGAAAGUUGACUUUGUCAUAAACUUGGUUUCCUCGUGGGUCAACCGUCCGCCCGACAAUCGAGGAUGUCGAGGAUCUUGUUCAAAACACGUUCGAACGGAUAAGUGCUUGUGCCGUGGUUUGAAGGAACCCCAUCGAUGCUGUGGACGUAUUGGAGGAGUUUGUGCUUGUUAACAAUUGUCAUCUAAACUAAAUUCUCCUCACCAACCAACCCACGUUGUUCUAAUACCAGUUGGGAGAAAUUCUGUCACCAUCGACGCUAGUUCUUUAUGGCGACUGCUUGUAGAAUUUUCAUAUGCAUCUCUCGGUGAAUAUACCCUAUUGCCUUAUGCAACGGUUUGUUAAUGCUCAUUGCAAUUUGGAUAAUUUUUCUCGAAACAUUUGCGUCACGUAAUGUAAAUCUUGCAUAUGAAGCCACCUGACUAAGUUUGGUUUGAGACACAAACAAACGCAAAGCUUUCUAUACCUCCACUUGUAGUAAACUUUUUGUUGUAAACA